CAGUCUGGCUCGCGGCAUCGCGCGACGUGCUAUCCACUAUUAUUCGUCGUCAGUGUCUAAUCAUUACGCCGCAAAAUCGCGUUCUUGCUUUUACGAAAUUAACAACGAUGUAUAAAAUUUGAAUGAAAUUGAGUCUACCUUUCUGUAAUCAUAAGAGCAGGGUGCUUUUUUCAAUUCUCUGUCAGAAACAUAAAAAACGUAGAUGCUAGAAUAACAGUAUCUCUGAGUCAUCUUUCAUAAUAAAUUUAAAGUUUUCGAGAGAACCCAACAUUUCGAAAGAUCCUCAAAGUUUCGAAAUCGUGACUCAGUGAUUUUCGUCGCCGGUAAGAGAAAGAAAGAGUGAAAGAGAAAGAUUCUAAUCAUUCUCGUAUAACGCGGAUUCGGUUGUGGUCGAAUCGAAAUUGACUCUAUCGGUCAUUCGGCACGUCCACCGUGAGUUUCUCUUUACGCACACAUACAUAUAUGUACAUCGUGCGAAAUGUACACGCGGAGAACCUUAUCAUCGAAAUAAGUAUUACUGUUUUUUGAUGGUAUAGAGUACAACUAACGAGUGUGUACCCUGGCAACGCGUAACGAAACAUUGAACGAAAAUCGGGUAAAGCCAAUUUUUUUAUUUGCUUCUCUUUUGUCGUAACGUGUGUAUCGUGAUAUUCCUAAUUCAUAGUAUAUUGACGUGCUCGCGAGUAGUGAGUUUGAACGAAUAAUUAGUGUGCAACAGAGAAUAAGUGACAUUUCCGGGUAAAACGCUCGUGCUAUAUCCACGCUCCAGCCCUUAAAUCACGUUACAACCGAUCGAGUAAGACUCUUCGUUGGUCCUCUCUGCCCGUCUCUCUCGCGUGCGAUACACACAGCCGGCGAAGUUUAUUGGCAAUCGAGACUGCACGCACUGUAGACGUAUCACGACGCGUACGUGAUAAUUGAAAAACGAAAACAAACAAAGAACGGAAAUUUCGAGAAAACAAUAUAAAUUUCGCACAGAGCCGCCCACAGAGACGCACGGACAUUUGUUUGGAGCUUGCGACAAGGCUUUUUUUUGACAGGAAUAAGAAAAAAGGAGAGAGAGAGAGAGAGAGAGACGAGACGAGAGGAAAAAAGACUUUCCAUCAAUGCCGAAGUUGGUGACUAACUGGAAAUUUUGGAGGAAACCAAAAAGGCCGGUCGGCCAAAGAGCAGUCGUCGAGGUCGAGGAAAAAGAGCAGCAAGACCAACAGCCGCAGGAAACGACCAAGAGAAAACGCAGCGAUCCGUUGGAGGAAGAAAUUUUACGAAAAUUGAAGGGGAACGUCAAGCGGCACAAUAGCUCACGAUUAACGUCCUCGAGUGCGACUCUGUGCGAGACUAAGAAAAUGGAACAUCCGGUGACGUGCAGAAUCGAUGGACGAUUACCCAAGGAAACUCCCAUCACCGAAGAUUACGAGAUCAGUAAUCACGUUCUUGGGCUCGGCAUCAAUGGAAAAGUCGUCGAAUGUUAUGACAGAAAAACCAGGGAAAAAUAUGCUCUCAAGGUACUCCAUGAUUGUACGAAGGCACGACGGGAAGUUGAGCUACACUGGAGAGCCUCGAAAUGCAAGCAUAUCGUUCAAGUCAAGGAUGUCUACGAGAACACGUAUAGCGGCAACAAGUGUUUACUCGUGGUCAUGGAAUGUAUGGAGGGUGGAGAACUCUUUCAAAGAAUACAGGACAAUCAAGAUGGAGCGUUCACAGAGAGGGAGGCUGCACAAAUAAUGUACGAGAUUUGCGUGGCCGUGAAGCAUUUACACGACACGGACAUCGCUCAUAGGGAUCUCAAACCAGAAAAUCUCUUGUAUUCGAAAACAGACAGUCAAGGAAUUCUUAAACUCACGGACUUUGGAUUCGCCAAAGAGACACAUUUGAAAGACACUCUACAGACACCUUGCUACACUCCGUAUUACGUUGCUCCUGAGGUACUUGGGCCGGAAAAGUACGAUAAAAGCUGUGACAUAUGGUCUCUCGGUGUCAUUAUGUACAUACUACUGUGCGGUUUUCCACCGUUCUACAGUAACCACGGCCUGGCCAUAUCGCCCGGUAUGAAGAAGAGGAUACGACUCGGCCAGUACGAUUUCCCAUCGCCCGAGUGGUCCAACGUCAGCACCGAGGCUCGGGAUCUAAUCAAAGGAAUGUUGUGCACCGAUCCCGCAAAGAGAUUGCAGAUUGAAGAAGUUAUGCGCAACAAGUGGAUCGCUCAACACACGGAGGUUCCACCAACGCCAUUGCACACAGGUCGAGUGUUGCGAGAGGGCGAGGAAUUGUGGCCGGAAGUACAGGAAGAAAUGACUCGUUCAUUGGCGACGAUGCGAGUGGAUUAUGACACGGCGGGUCUGAAGCAGUUGGACCAUACGAACAAUCCGUUGUUGAACAAGCGGAGACGAGCGAAGCAAACGGGCGUUAUUCCGGCGGCACCGACGGCGAAUCCAACUGCGGCUUCCUAGGAGCGCGCCUCGUCGAUUAUCACCGACGAGAUUACCAACAAAUGGUCAAUAUUCUUGCGCAGAUGCGUCAGCCUCAGUGUCACUGUCGUCAGAAUAGUAGCUUUCUGACGAGUGCGAGAGAUUAUGUUUAUCGCGGUGAAUCUAAAGCACCGAUUUUUCGCAAAGAUCGGAAUAUUGCGUGCUCAGGAUUGUUGAGGGUUAAAUUAUGGAAAGAGAAAUUAACGGAGAGAAAACCUAGAAGAUGCCGGUGGGAAAAGGGCGCGCUGAAUCUUGAUGGUUUUUUUUUUUUUUUUUAGUUUUGUUUCGUUUUUUUACCACAGUGACGCGGAGAGGUCUUUGAAAGCUUGAAGAAGAAAUGGAACUCCAUGAGGGGUCCGGGUGAUUUUCUUUAAUCACACUUGAACCGUCCAGCUGACAGCGCGCCUUAUUCCCAUUAUCAUCGUUACAAUGACUAUUAUUAUUGUUAUUAUCUUCAUCAUUGUUAAUAUGUAGAGUGGAAAUAUUCAGAUGAUGAAAAACAUCGUCAAUUAUAUCGAGGACUUUAUUGAUCCAUCGUUUUUGCUGACACAGCCGAAUCGUUUCCACACCGAAUUAUUAUACACACACGUUGCUGUUUUUAUUUUAAUCAUACCCAUGUGAAAAUGUGACGAUUUAUGUAUUCGCAGCUUUGCCUCGGGUAUAAACGCUAUUUUUCGAGAAAAGGAAUCCUGAUCGCGAGGCUGCGGAUGUUUCGGAUGAAUUAGAAUGUUAAAUGGAAUCGUGAAACGUUACUUCGCUUAAAUGUAACGUGCUUUAUGUUAAUUUACCAAAUUUUCUCACUCAUUUGGUCGGUGGAUUUCAACAACGUCAGACAACGAAUUGAAUCAUUAACGUCGAGAAAAUUUGCAAGUAAAAAUUAUUGAGGAAUUGAAAUGUAAUACGAUUCAUUGCAUUUCAACGAUGUAAUGUUUGUCACGAUUCGAAUGAAUGUUUGAGGCAUUUUCCUCCUCUAAAUCGAUUAUUUUGGGCUCGCCAAAUCGCGAUGAAUUAAGACCAAUAUUAAUAAUAAAAGUUAGUUUUAAGACGAUACGUUCGAGUGAGAACAAACGAAGGAGAGAGCGAUGGAACAAUACUGCAACGCGAUUUUGAAGUUUGCCAGAAAAUUAUGCAGCUUUCUCUGUGUUGCUGAAUUGGAGUUUUUUAUUUUUUGAAUAUGAGAAUUUUUAUUUUAUUGUGAUUUUUACAAUGCACCUCUUUCGUGAUUUUUUGCAGUAGAGGCGUGACGCUUAGAACGGAAAUGAUUACACUGAAAAAAUGAAUAUUUUUUCAUUCCGAAUACUGCAGAGAGCUAAAUCAUGUUUUUAAACUUUUUUUCCAUUUUCAUCGUAAAUGAGAAUGAUACAGCUGUAUUAAAAGAUUUGAACGUUAGUGCGAACGCAAAAAUCUUGGAAUUGAUAAAACAAUGUUUUUUUUUUCCCUACAACAUUAAAUAUUACGUUUCACGAAGCAUAAUAUGGAGAAGCGAAGUGGAACACCUUGGCGAGUUACGCCUCCUUUAUGAAUGUAUUUAUAUUCGUCCUCAAAUCAAUGUGAACAAUAGAAAAAAAUACAUAAUUCUCGUAAAUAUGCCUUUAUUUUGCAAGUAUCAAAGCAGAACUCAAAUUCGUUGAUAACGAUUGAGCAUAUUUAAUACAAACCUGCGAAACUUUCACAAUAUUUUAGCCCGAUUAUCGUGGGUUAGUUUUUCGCACGUAUCAACACCAGCGCCACUGUCGACGAAACCGUGCACUACGAUACAACAGCUGACAAUAAUUAAAAUAAAUUGAAUGCCGAGAAACGACCUGAUCUUUUGUCGCAAUAAUGUGUAUAAAAUGUCGACAACAGUCGAACAAAAACAACAGUCAAUUUUAAUUAAGCGUUUCACGACGACCUUAAUUUUAAAUGAAAAGUAACACCAUUGUUAAUUUUCAAAACAAAGAAAAAACAGUUUGUUCACGUCCUCGUAUAUAGGACGUCCCACGAUCAGUGGUAAACAUCGUUGACCGAAAUACGUGACGAAGAGUAGUUCUUUCGUCGCCCACACGGCGAAAGCGGUAGGAGAUGAAGCAGAGUCAUAGAACCAAUGUUAAAGAAUAUGAAAUUUCUUAUAUUUAAGCUUCCGAACUUUUCUCUGUUUCUGGUUGUUCGGUUUUGAGAAUUGAUCGAAAAAUAACCUCAAAAUAUCGAUCCUCAUCGAAACUUGAAUUUUCGAUCCUCUUUUGGGACUUGACUAUUGAACAAAAAAUUCUGCGGAAGCUUUUUAUAGGGAAUUUAUUGCUAUGGUAGCUUGGUCCUGUACUAUGUUCUAUUUUCAAGUAUUCCAACACAGUAUGUGCGCUAAACCGCGAUUCUUAAAUUUCAAUACUCGAGACACCCCGUAUAUAUACACACAAAUAUCUUCUUACACAGCUUACCUCCUUUCGAUAUAUUCACACAUUUGAUCUAUAACUCCCGAGUCCUUGCGACGUUUCAACAUCAGUAUAAAUGUCAGUAAGUUACAUUCCUCGUUUGUUUGACGAGGCACCGUUAAUGAGAACAAUGUUUUGAGUACAAAAGAGCCCAGAGAUGAAAUAUAACGUUUGAAAAUUGCA